AUGUCUCCAAAACCUAACCUGCACACACUCCUCCCCUUCUUAGUCCUCAUAAAUUUACUGAAUUUUCCGACAUUAUCAUCAUCGGAGACCGAGUGUACUACGUACCCUUGCUCUCCUUCACCGCCAUCAGAGUCCGCGACAGCAGGCACAAUGUCACCCCCGCAGCUCACGGGGGGAUCUGUCUACCCUCCACCAGCGCCAGGAGGUUCAUUACCAACUAGCCCUUUACCACCUGGUCAGGCCAGUAGUGCAACUCUGCCAUCUCCUGACUCUGUAGUGCCUUGGUAUCCUUAUUACAGCAAGAGGCCUAGUCAUGACACUGAUCAGCCUUCUUCAACUUCUCGUGCCACACGGACGGUUCUGAUUGGCUCAACAGUUGUUCUUGUUUUCGGUUUCUUGGUAUCCAGUUUUCAGACCUUUUAUUAG